AUGGUGCUACGCACGAACGGUCGCCGAAUCUGCAUGAGAUUUCCUGCGAAAUCCUCCGGCGAAGGCGUCGCCCUAUGCUCCUCCUCUUUGGCAUUCUCUUCCCAAGACUCCAAUUCCACUAACGGUCAUUUCCGCAAGAGAAAGUCCAAGAGAACAAGGACGCAUAAUGAAGGCUUGAUUACAAAGAAGAUGAAUUUGAAGACGACGAAGAAGAAGAAUGCAUUAAAAAACCUCACCCUUGCAAUGAUUCCGGCUAAAACCUCGACGCUAAUAGAGGCGCAGAAAUUCGGCGAGGUAAUGAAGCGCAUCGACGAGGUAAAUUUCGCCAUUGAUGGACUCCGCAGUCCCCAACCGGUUCAGAUCAGAAGGACAAGCUUGCUCUCUUUGUUGUCCAUUUGCGCCACCGCACAACAGCGCCGCCUCCUCCACGCUCAAGGGAUCGCAAAGACAAUCAUUGAUGCUAUUUUGUGCCUAAGUCUUAAUGAUCUUCCAAGCAACGUUGCAGCUGCAACUCUGUUCUACAUUCUUACCAUUGAUGGUGUAGAAGAUAACCUCCUUGAAUCACCUGAUUGUGUUCUAUUUCUGAUCAAGUUGUUGAGACCACUUGUCUCCACGGAUGGCGCAGAUAAGGCACUAAAAUUUGGUCCGAAAAUUCUAGUGUCUCAUAAGAAUGUCGGUUCACUAGAAAAUACAAGAGAAAGAUGGGACUCCAGUUCUGUUGCAAUUUUUUCUAUAGUUCAACAAAUUCUAGUAAGUUGUAAAGAACUGAAGCCAACCUGUCAAAUUGGCAACAGCAUAGAGAGGCCAGAGUUAAGCCCGGAAUGGUUAGCAUUGUUGAUCAUCGAGAAGGCUUGUUUAUCUUCCAUUUCUCUUUAUGAAACUUCUGGUGCUGUAUGUAAGACUGGUCAAAAUUUUAAGGAAAAACUAAGGGAGCUUGGAGGACUUGAUGCUGUCUUUGAAACUACCUUGAAGUGCCAGUCGCAUUUGAAGUGCUGGGUGGAGGAUAGUUAUCUAUCUACCAAAGAUGUUAGAAAUGACAAACAGCUAAAAAGCCUUACUUUGCUUCUUAAAUGCUUGAAGAUCAUGGAAAAUGCGACAUUCCUUAGUGAAGACAACCAGGCUCAUUUUCUUGGACUAAAACGGAAUCUCAUUCCUCAAGCAACUCCGAUUUCCUUUGUGGAGCUGAUUUUAACUAUCAUAAAAUUUCUCUCAGAUGUGUGCAUAAGUCGGAAUGCUUCUACCAUUUUCAAUGAUAACAAGAAUCCCAUUUCUCUUUCUACCACAAGUCAUGAUUCUGAACUGGAUCUUCUCACAGACCUUAAAGGGAGUCUCACUUUAAACCAUACUGGAAUGUGCUAUCAUAUGGAGAGAGAAUCUUCCAUAAAGAGGAUUGAUCUUUCACAGAAGAGCCAACUUGUGAGAUGCAGCCAGUUAAAAAGUUCUCUAUCAGUUUCUGAAACUCCCAGCACUUCAAUGACAUACAGUUAUUCACCGAAUAUGAGAGACAAUCCUUCCAAAUUUGCACCAUCUAGUGGUGCAUCAUCUAGUGGUGCGGAUUGUAAAACAUGUAUGAUCCAACUUGAAAUUUCAGAUGAUAAUCAAGAUCCAUUUGCAUUUGAUGAGGAUGACAUUGCACCUCCUAAGUGGGACUUACCAUCAAUCAAGCAAAGAAAGUCGCAUGCUAAAAAAUAUGAGGUAACAAGCAGAGAAUUUGAAGAAGGAUGUUUAUCACAGGCUAGUGUGAGCAAUGGGGAUGUCGAUUGUUCCAGUUCCUAUGUUGAUGAUGAAGAAGGUUCCAGUCUUCUCACUGAUUGCCUUCUUACUGCUAUUAAGGUGCUGAUUAAUUUGACUAAUGACAACCCUAUUGGCUGUCAUCAAAUUGCUGAAUAUGGAGGAUUGGAGAUUAUGCCUCUGUUAAUUGCUCAGCAUUUUCCUUCUUUCAGUUCAUCUUCAUUGCCCACUUUUCACAUAAAGGAAAAUAAGCCAAACAGUGUGAAAGACCAUCGACAUGAUAGGCAUCUCACUGAUCAUGAGAUAGAUUUUAUUGUUGCUAUUCUUGGCCUGCUUGUAAACUUGGUAGAGAAGGAUGGCCAUAAUAGAUCACGGCUUGCAGCAGCCAGUGUUCUGCUACCAUGCUCAGAUGUCUUAGACCAUGAGAUUCGGAAGGAUGUUAUUCCAUUAUUAUGCUCUAUUUUCUUGGCUAACCAAGGUGGAAGUGAGGAUAGCAAUGAAGAUAAAUAUCUGCUACUGAAUGAGGAGGCAGCUAUUCUGCAAGGGGAAAAAGAAGCUAGGAAAACGAUCGUGGAGGCUUAUUCAGCACUGCUUCUAGCCUUUCUAUCCACUGACAGCAAUGACAUUCACGAAGCAGUUGCCAACAAUCUUCCAGAUCAUAAUUUGUCCAUUCUUGUGCCUGUGUUGGAAAGAUUUGUGGAAUUUCAUUUGGCCUUAAAGAUGAUUUCUCCAGCGACCCAUAAAGCUGUUAGUGAGGUCAUUGAAUCAUGUAAAGUUCGUUGAAAGCUCAGCAAAUGGAAAACUAUGUACAGCCUCAGCUAGUUUAGUUGCAAAUCACUUCAUUUCGUCCAACUAGUUACACUAGAUGCUUGCAUAUAAAAGUCAACAGAGGG